UUUUACACGUGUCAGCUGUCGUCAAACGUCAAACUAACGAAUAAUCUUUCAAAGUUGAAAAUAUUUUUUUUAGGCAAAAUAUUUAUAAACUAUGAGAAUACGGACAGAUAUUUAUCCAAAAGCAAUCAGAGACGCAUUUGCUACGGGAUUUAUGUUUGUGACAAUGCCGAUAGUCUAUUAUUUUGAAUUAUUUAUAGUUUCGCCAAGGUACAAUGGAGUGGACUCUCCUGCCCAUUAUUUUCAUUUCAUAUGUGGAACUGUUAUCAUUUUUAAUAUUUACGCAAAUUUAGUCGCAAUUAUGAUGAGUAAAACCAGUAUAAAAGGAUUAGUUUUAUCUAUCGAGAGGAGACCUGAUUGGAGGUAUUGUGCAGUUUGUGAAACUCUAGCGCCUCCAAGAUCACGACACUGUAAUGUAUGUAAUGUCUGCAUUUUGAAAAGAGAUCACCAUUGCAAGUUCACUAGUUGUUGUAUAGGUUUUGAAAACCAUCGUUAUUAUAUUGUAUUUUUAGUAUAUUUACUAUCAGGAUGUCUAUAUGCAUCUUAUUAUAACCUGAAUUUUGUUGCAGAUCACAUACAUUUUAAUUGGUCAUGGAAGUCUCUAAUUAAAUUAAUAUUUUCAUUCCAUACAUUUUUUGCUAUUGAGUGGACUGAAUACCACAUUUAUAUUCUUGUGAUAAUAAUAGUUUUGUUGGCGACACUCUUUACUGGAGCCUUACUUAUAUUUCAUGUUAACCUGAUGUUGAGGAGUGUUGUAACCAAUGAAAGAAACAUAACAAAAUAUAAUCGUGGUAAAUUGGAAAAUAUUAAACUUACUUUAGGUGAGAGGUGGUAUUUGGUAUGGUUAUCACCAUGGAUAGAAAGCAAAUUACCCUGUGAUGGUAUAAACUGGGAGAAAAUGUCAGUAAAAGAACAAUAACAGAAAGUUGAUUAUAA